UUCCCCCGCAGUUUCUUUCUUCGUCUGUUCUUGGGCAAACUGGAGUAAUCGCGAAUGGAGGGGCUCAAGGUCUCCAAAGCGAACUUAACAGUAUACAUUCACCCUUCCAAAAGUAACCAAGUUUCCCAAGCCGUUCUCCGCCAACUCAGCUCUUUGCUUUUCACGUUCAGCGAAAUCUUCGACGGCGUCGUUUUGGCCUACGAUGUCAAUUCCUUCGACACGUGCGCAAAGAUCCUCUCCGGCGUUCACCCUUACUUCGGCGUCAAACUCAAGGUCAAUCUGUUGCUCUUUUCUCCCAAGCCAAACAUGCUCUUAGAAGGGAAGGUGGUUAAGGUUACGCAAGAGUCCAUUCACGUUGUUGUGCUUGGCUUUUCCUCUGCGAUUAUAUCUGAGAAAGAUAUCAGGGAAGAGUUCGUGUGCAAAACGAAACGAGGGCAAGAGGUGUAUGUGAGCAGGUCUCACAAGCGGCAUGUGAUAAAGGUCGGGACCAUGAUACGGUUUUUAGUCAAGAGUUUUGAUGAAGAAAUACUUCAUGUUUAUGGAUCUCUGGUUCCUGAUCACACAGGCAGCAUUUAUUGGUUGGAUAAGAACUUGGAAGUUGAUUCCCAUUCUGACAGGAGUGAAAAGAAGAGAAGAAUUGUGCCAGAACGAAUAAUGCUAGAGCAAGAUGCUGUGGAUGGGGAAUUGUCAACGUUGAACAUUGGCCAAAAGAGCAAAAAAUCAAAGAAGCAAAAGCACCAGGAGGAAUCUUGAAUGUACCUUGGACAUUGUCCACAGGACAGGGAAAACAAAUUGGCGUGUCUAUAUUACCAAGGGGGAUGCCUUCAGCACUUAGAUUUCAAAAGCAUUCUCUAUGUUGCCUUGGAGAUCGGUGCACUUGUUUUAAUUGAGAUCCUAAUUCUUUCAGAAACUUUAUGAUGAUAAUUUACUGUAUGAUCAAGAAGCUUAGGCAGGUUUUUUUGGGGAGGGUGCGGCAAGUGUAAAAAAAAAAGCCUUGGUGCAUUUUCAGUUUAGGGAUUACAGGUUUGCAGUCUUUUCCUAGAGUCCUUUAGGAAGUGAGAACUAUUCAUGUAUAUCACUGAGCCCAGCCCCAUAAUUAGAAAGGAUGGUGGACUACUGUGUAUGAAAAGGUUGUUUCUUUUUUUUUGGUUUGAUCACUUCUGAUGUUAUAUGCUGAAAUGAUCUUCAAACUUUCCUCUAUUGGUUUGCAGAUUACUAUGUUCUCUUUUGUGACAA